CCUCACUCCUCACUCGAACUCGGAACUUAUAUAUUUCGCCAAGUUGGUUCCCCAACUGAGGAAGUCGUCCGGAGUUGAGGAAGAAGACUCUCAAGAAUAUCUCCAUCUUAGACUUGGCGGGUCAUUGCUAUCUCCUUCGCUCUCUUGCACCCGCCCACUCUGAAGGAUGUCAUUGUGUUUUGGGUAACCAUGCUGUUUGGAUUUUCAGUCUCUAUUGAAAUUACAAUUGUGAAAAUGAUUCUGUGAAGGUAGGCAUACAACAUUGGUGCUGCCGCAACGGAAAUUUUCGGAACAGAUAUUUCAGAGGUCGUUUGAUAUGACUAUUGGAACCAAUCCGUCCGGCUUCAAGUCAGGCAAAUCGUUUGGUCAUGAAAAAUUACGGUUUCGGAAUGGUAGAGUGAGGCCUGCUUCAUUUAUUUGUUAUAAAGAAGAGAAAGGACUCACAUAUGAACGCCAAGGGCGAAGGGUGUACCAGAUUGAGUAUGAGUCUAAAAAGAUCAGUGAUGCAGGAAUCCUGCAGCUAUUGGAUGUGACUUCUUGUCCGGAAAAGAAAAUGCACUUUAUCUUCUAUGAGAAAUUUGACCGCUUUCUGUUCGGAAAUUGGUUCAAGAAUCACCCAAAUGGGAUGAGAGACCAGCAUGGGGAUAUAAAACCUUGGGUUCAAGAUUCAAUUAGGGAUGUCAUGGUGACCAUAAAGAACAUGUUGAACCGUCGGUUACUCCAUUCAGGACUAGGAGAUUUGAAGAACUAUGUUAUUGCAGAAGGCAAGAUCAAGAUAAUUAACAUCAUGAGCAGUUGGGAGGACUUGGUCGACCCUCAAAAAUUGAAAAAUGGAGAAGAUGUUCAGACUUUGGUGGGCAAGAGAAGCUUAAACUCUCUCACAAGGAAAGAGAUAACAAGUGUAAAGAAACUAUGGCAAACUCUUUUGAAAUCUGAUAAUGCCUGGCCUGAGAGAGAUUACUUCCUCAGUAUCUUUGAUCAGAACCUACACCCGUGGGAUGUUCACAUAGAGAAAAUAAUUACUCACCCAUUCUUGAAGACUUCGGAAGGGAGGGUCAAGUAUUUUUCAGAGAUACAUCGUCAGCAUAUGACUGAUUCAAUUCCAAGACCUGAUGUAUUCUACAAGGCCAUAAGAAAUCAUUUUGGUAAGUAUCGUGGCACCAUAAACUCUGUGAAUAUGAGCCGUCAGUUGAAAGCACUCUACACUUCUGAUACAUAUGGCAAACCCAUUACUUAUGGCAACACCAUAUUGGGCCUUUUGCGGUUCUUAAGGAAUGCUUACGAGCACCGUGGUGCAGACUUUCCUGUGUGUGACUUGGAUAGAGAGAUUAGAAAGCAUUGGCCGGGCUUUCUCGAGAAACUUCAUGAGAAGCUCUAAAGUGGAUUAUUGUAAAUAUGUAGGACGUAAUAUUUGUUUCAGUAAUAUUCUGAGUUCAAGUAAUUAUUGUUGAUGAUGCGGCCUCACUAUAUGAAAAUGGGUAUGGUUCUUCAGUGCAUUGUAUAUAAUCCAGUUUAUUGUUUACUCCUUUGCAUUAUACCAAUCAGAAACCAUAUUCUCUCUGUCCAAGGGCAGAGAUUGUCUCAA